AUAUUAACAAAGAAAUCAGAAGAUAACCUAAACCAACGUUGCGAAUAAGGUUAAAAUUAUAUUAUAUUUAUUUUAAUUGUAGACAUGAUAAAUUUUUAUGAUUUCAAUAAAUAAAUAAUUAUAAUGGGUAAAUAUAAAAUUUCUAUUAGUUUUGAUACAAAAUUUUUGAAUAGUUUGGUACACACUGAAAAGUCUAGAGUGGAAAUUCAGAGAAGAAAACAUCAUUUGGCACUUCAUCCUAUCCACUUUAAUAAUCUCAAUGAAUCAAUAAAGGAAUUAUUGAAUGAAGGUGUAGCAAAAUACAGUAAUGACUUGAAUGGUAUACUACUGGGUUAUCGGAAUAUCAAGCUCUUGGGUGGAGGAGGUAUGUUUCACGAUGACACUUGUUACACUCACUGCGAUGUUGAAGCAGAUUUUUUCGUUUUCAAACCAGAAAUCGAUGAAGAAAUGAAAGGAGUUGUUAUAAGGAAAAGCAAAGAUCACGUUGGCUUGUUAGUGUAUAACACUUUCAAUGUUUCUAUUCCAGCGCCACGUGAUCAAGAUGACUGGUUAGGAAAGAGUGUACAAAUUGGAUAUGAAGUUUUAUUCAAAAUUGUCCAUUUCAGCUUUACUUCAUAUCUGCCAUAUUUGAAAGGAGAACUGAUAUCCAUAUUAACUGAAGUUGAUAGUUGCAUAAGCAACGAAACUACUACUAACAGUAAGCAGAAGAAAAAUAAUAAGAAAAUCAACUUCAGUGGUGACUCUUUUUCCGAAGAAUUAUCAAUCAGAGAGUCGGAGAGCCAUGAAGUGUCCCCAAAGAAAAAGAAAUCAAAAAAGAACAAGAGUUUUGAAAGUGAUAUGGAAAUCAGUGUAAUAGAAAGUGAAUUAAAAAAUAUUGGAGGUGUAUCUUUGAGUCCCAGCAAAAAGAAGAAAAAAAGGACUAAAAAGUGUUUAGAUGCUUCAAAAUUAGUCAGUGAUUCAGAAAACUUUCUUGAAGUUUCUCCAAAGAAAAAGAAAUCAAAAAAGAACAAGAGUUUUGAAAGUGAAAUGGAAGUCAAUGUAAUAGAAAGUGAAUUAAAAGCUAUCGAAGGUGUAUCUUUGAGCCCCAGCAAAAAGAAGGAAAAAAGGACUAAAAAGGUUAAGUUAGAGCCUUCGGAAUCGGUCAGUGAUUCAGAAAAUAUUCUUGAAGUUUCCGAAAAUAAGAACUCCAAGAAAAGAAAAGACUCUGUGAGAGAAAACUUGGAAUUGGUUGGUGAUUUGGAAAAUUCAUUUGAUGUUUCUGAGAGCAUAAAAACCAAAAAGCGAAAGCUCUCCAUUGGUGACACCGAAGAGACUCCAAAGAGAAAAAAGAAGAAACAUUCUCUUUGAUAUGUUGUGACUUGAUAUUUUUGAUAAUUGACAUAUAUAUGAAUUGGUUUUUAAGCAAGUAAUUUCAAGAUGUAGAUCAUCAAGAAUCAGAAAUAGAAACACCUGUAAAUGCUGAUGCCUCUUUGUUCAUUUUCUCUUCAAUGAACAUUGUUAUCUCUCUGCUCAAUAUUUUGUUAGGCCAGAACAAAUAUGGCGAAAUUUUUUCAUAUUAACUCUCUUUAACACUUACACUUUAUACAACAAAAAAUGGUCGACUUAAUACUUUAUAAUAAUAAACAGGUUGUCAAUUCUCCUGUAUGAACCUGUAUAAAGAUGAAUUGAGUUUGUAAAAUGUAAAUAAAUAAAAAUUUGUUGAUAGUGCAAAAAUUA